AUGUACACCUCCCCUGCACCGGAACUCGACCCGCGGUCCCAAGGCACAGGUUUGCUCCUUCACACACCCCCAGAGGCGAGUCCCAAGGUCCCAGAGCGCUGGGAAGUUCUCAAGGAAGUGAUUCUCGACCCCAAAGAGCGCCUCGACCAGGGUAUUACCUCUGCGCUGGGACCUCCGGAUGCUCUUCCGCGGCCAUGCGGUCCGAAUCCUUGGGACCCAACCCCACUUUUAGCAUCGUCCCUUUCCCCUCCUGGAGAGUCUAGCGAGCCAGGCGAAAUGAACCACUUCCCCGGAACUCCCUCCGUCGACUGA